GCAUGUGCACACCAUAAAAUUAAAGAAUCCUUUACCACCACCUCCCUCCCAGCUCCCACUCCCAAACCCCCCCCCCUCCCCCACACCUUUCCAUCCCGUCCCAUUUUCAGAUAUCCCCUCUUCCUCUUCCUCACUCAUCCACCAAGCAGCUAUGGACACCUUCGAGCAACUUAAGCAGCAAAUGGCCACCAAAAUGGAGGAAAAUCGUCUCUCCAUCGAGCACUUGAAGAAGCAACUCAUCGAAAAGCAGGAGGAAAGUUCCAGCUUGAACCAAUUAUACCCAAACUUGCAGUCCGAGAUGAAUGGCAUUCAACAGAAGCCCAACGAUAAGUCUCAGCCGGCAUACGAGGAACUUGCAGCAUGGAAGUCAACCUUCACCUCCCCCUGCCAUUUUACGCAAAUUGAAGCCUACAUCCGCUUCCUGGAGAUCAAUAUGAACUACUCUUACUUCCCCACAGGGAAGGCUUUCACGGCAGACUUCACAACAAGAGUAACUUCUGUUGCAAAGGACUGCAUAGAGCCUAUGAUCACCAAGUCCGUUAAGCAGCUACUCGACAACGCAAUCAGACGACCGCGCUGCGUUUCCCCUAUCCACUUGGGCACUCUCCUGCUAGUGAUUAGUGCAUCGUCUGCCACGUGGCUGCAGUAUCUUGUGACCUCCUCGCUUGUGAAGAUGGAAACGCCCCAGGACUCGAAGGCGGUUUUGCGCGUGUUGGAGUUCUACAGCGGCAUCGGGGGCAUGCAUUAUUCCUUGCGGGCAGCAGAAGUUCCAGCAGUUGUGGUGGAUGCAUUUGACAUCAACGAGGUUGCAAAUGACGUUUACGAACUCAACUUCGGCUUUCGACCCAAUCAGGGGAAUGUGCAGAGACUGACGGUCUCACAGUUGGACAAAUGGAAAGCCGACAUGUGGCUGAUGUCACCCCCAUGCCAGCCAUACACUCGUCAAGGCCUGAAGAAGGAUGCUAACGAUGGGCGCGCAUCUUCCUUUCUGUGUAUGCUGGACAAGCUUCCAGAGAUGAGCUCGCCGCCGAGUUACGUCCUCGUGGAGAAUGUGGUUGGAUUUGAGACGUCCGUGACUCGUUCCCAUCUGGUGAAGGUUUUGGAAGGAGCUGGUUUCACAUUUCAAGAGUUCAUCCUAACACCUUUGCAGUUUCAGAUUCCCUACUCGCGUCCUCGUUACUUCUGUCUUGCAAAGCGUUUUCCUCGCACAUUCGCGAAUCCAGAAUUGAAUGGGAGAUUAUCUGAUUCCCCACCUCCGUUGCCCUUAUUGGCACAGCCAGCGACUGCGAAAGGGCUGUUUCUGCACAGACAACAGCAACAGUCACAGUCCACUGAGCGUCCCCUGUUUUCUGACGACAGACAUCUGCCUUCUGCAAUGUGCAGAUGCUCAGAGCCAUCCACCGCAACGGGAGCUGGGAGGAAAUGCUCUGCCGCAUGCUCCUCUGGUGAUCAGAUUGUUCCUUUGUCGGAGUUGUCGUCAGACUUGUCGUCGGACCUGUCGCCGGUUGCUGCUCGUGAGAAGGAAGGAGAGCGGAUCGCAUGCUGGUCAUUGGCAGAUUUCCUUGAAAGUUCUCCUGGGGAGGAGAGUCCUGACAGCAGAGGGGAUUCUGCGACGGAUGGACGGCUCCCCAUUGCGGCAAGCAAUGUCGUAAAGGAGGACGAAGACAAAGGCAGAUUGACAACGCUUGAGAGCGGAACACCGGGCCAUGAUGCUGGGUCCGACUUUCGUAUCUCUGCUGUAAACAAGGAUCACACCGGCAAGAACGGAGAUGGGGAUGGGGAGGAGAUGGUGGUGCUGCUGCCGUUCGGUGAACAAACAAUUGAUGAUGAUGUCAACGGCGUCGAGGAGUGCAGCAUGGCGAGGGCGGCAAUCAGUCCUGCAAACCUAACAGCAGCGGAGGAGAGUGUUCAGAAGCACACAUUCGCCGUCCCAGCCAAUGUUUUGGUCCGUUGGGGUGAGGCCUUGGACAUUGUCACCCCCAAGAGCACCAGAUGUUGCUGCUUCACCAAGAGUUACAUCCGUUAUGCGAAAGGCACAGGAUCUGUGCUUGCUACAAAGGUGCCAGAUGGUGCGCCAGCCUGUGAUUAUGGCAAGAGCGUCCACAGAUGCGAGGUCGACGUUAAGGAGGAGGGAACAACAAUUACCUGUUGGAACGGCAUACCCAUUUGCUGUCUGGGACUCAGAUAUUUCUCUCCACGCGAGGUGGCCAAUCUGCAUUCCUUUCCGCCAGAGUUCAAGUUCCCACCACACAUUGACUUGAAGCAGAGGUAUGCUUUGCUGGGAAAUAGCCUCAGUGUGGCAGUCGUGGAAUGUCUUCUGCGUCAGGAAGGUUGCUGCGGGUGCAAAAGGAAGGGAGCUGCUAAGUGCUGUAAUAGCAGCUGUAUACAGUGUAUAGAGAAAAGAUGUGUUGGAAUCUAUCAGAGCAACAAGAAUAUUGUCAUCAGGGUGAAGUCGCUACCUUCUUCCCCUGGAAUACAACUUGCGGUCAUUUCCACUGCAUUCGGACAGAAGGGUGAGCCAAAUACGGCUAAAAUCGCCGUACGUUCUAUUCGGGGAAAGUCGCUAGUGAGGUGUAAUAUACCGACGAGCAAGCAGUUCCAUUGGCUUGGAUAUGUCAUGGAACAUGUGGCGAUAAAGAGUAGGCAACAGGAGGAGGAGGAGGAGGAGGAGGAGGAGGAGGAGGAGGAGGAGGAGUACAGGAGCAGGAGGAGCAGGAGGAGCAGGAGCAGAAGAGGAGGACCAGAGGAGCAGGAGGGAGAAGAAGGACUUCAAAAACGAAGAGUGUUGAUAUUGGAACAGCAUCUUACUGAGUUGCAAAUUCAGAUGCAGACGCUCUUUGGCAUCUCUUAGUGUUUUUUUUUUUUUGUUUUGUUUUUUUUUGGAUGUUGGAAUAUGAGGAGGAUUGAUUAUGAUUAAAUUAUCCAAAAUUUUCAA